AUGAUUCCAAGUUACUCAAACACACUGAGCAAUACGAUAACAUGCACCAAUGGUCAGAAACCAUGUGGUGAUAAGUUUUGUUACAACGCGAGUACACAUGUUUGUACAGAAACUGGUGGCAUUGUGUCAUGUUUUAAUAAAUGUGGAAACAAAUGCUAUGAUACGACAUUCCAAGUUUGUAUCAACGACACUGUAUGUCGGAUUGGUGAAGCUUUUUGUAAAGAAAAAUAUAGAUAUGAUGGGGUGGAGUUUCAACCAGCUAAGCUUACAUGUUACGAUUCACAAUACACGACAUGUUUAAACUAUACAAUUUGUCAUAAGAAAGAUCGAGUUUGUAACAGUCAGUGUAUAUACGUUACUUCAUGGAAUGAGUAUGAUCAUAAAAUAUGUGCAAACGAUAACGUAACACUGUGCGAUGUCCCACAACACUACAAGACUUAUGAUCGAAAUCAGAUACAAGUGUGCAAUGGUAAAUGCUUUGAUACGCAAUACAAGGGACCUACACAUUGCGUAAAUGGUGUCAUACAAUGCAUUUGGAAUUGCUCUAAUGAGUGCUAUAAUGCAUCGACAAGUAUUUGUAUCAAUGGUAAACGUUGUUUAAUUGGAGAAGAUGCGUGUCUGACUAACUACACCUCAUACGGUUAUCCUCUUACUCGACCCGAAAUGAAUUGUUACAAUCCAUCGUCUCAAAAAUGCGUCAACGGUGUACUUUGUGGCGUUGAUCAGAAUGCUUGUCUAACUAGCUAUGACUCAUCCAAUGAAAAAUCUCUUGAUAGACAGGAAAUGAAAUGUUACGACCCUGUAAAAUCCACAUGUAUCGAUAGUGCACUUUGCUCAAAAGCUCGUAUAUGCAACGGUCGUUGUAUUACUGGACCUAAUGCAACUCAUCAAGUAUGUGCCACUGAUAACCGUACAAUCUGCAAUGUUAGCCUACCAUUUGACAAUUACCAGCGCUAUCAGAUGCAUUUAUGCAAUGGUAAAUGUUAUAAUGCAUUACUCGAGCAAUGUGUCAGUGGAAUUGUUCAAUGUUUUGAUAAAUCGUGUGGAGGUCAGUGCUAUGAUUCAGCUAUUAGUCACUGUAUCAAUAAUAAUAAGAUUUGUAAACUGGGUGAAGCUCUUUGUGAACAAAAAUAUGAUUAUUAUGGAGUACAACUCCCAUCAGUUAAUCUUAGGUGUUACGACCCGCAAUCUGAGACAUGCUUAAACCAUACAAUUUGUCAUAAGAAAGAUCGAGUUUGUAACGGACAGUGUAUAUACGUUACUUCAUGGAAUGAGUAUUACAAGAAAAUAUGUGCAAACGAUAACGUAACACUGUGCGAUGUCCCACAACACUAUACUAACUACGGUCGAAAUCGGAUACAAGUAUGUAAUGGUGAAUGUUUUGAUACACAGGAUCCAGAGAAGGGAUCUCAACGCUGUGUAAAUGGUGCUAUAGAAUGUGUUUCGAUUUGUUCUGGUCAGUGUUUUAAUUCGUCAAAAAGUGUUUGCAUCAACGGUACAGUUUGCUCAAUUGGACAACAUACGUGUCUGACUAGUUAUGAUUGGUAUAGCGGACACCUUCUCCCUAAACCUGCAAUGAAAUGUUACAAUCCAUCGUAUGAAAAAUGUGUCAAUGGCAGACUUUGUAGCGUUAAUAAAAAUGCUUGUCUAACUAUCUAUGAUUUAGAUGGAGGUUUUCCUCUUACUGGAUUCAAAAAUUUAUGUUACGAUCCUGUAAAAUACACCUGUAUCGAUAGUGCACUUUGCUCAAAAACCCGUUUAUGUAACGGUCGUUGUAUUACUGGAUCAGAUGCAACUCAUCAAGUAUGCGCUAGUGAUAGACGCACAAUCUGUAAUGUUAGCAAACCAUUUAACUCUUACGAAUUUACUCAGAUGCAACUCUGUCACGGUGUCUGUUAUGAUCCGUUAAUGGAACAAUGCUCUGGUGAUCAUGUUGUUUUGUGUAUUAACGACCCGCUCACUCAACAAUGUGUACCUCAAUAUAUUAAUUCAUCGACGACAACAAGUACAACUAUUUCGAUUGUUACCUCGCAGGUCAACAGCACUCUUUCACAGAAUUUUACAAAUUUCCCCGAGCUUUUUAGCACGGUUAGCAGUGUUCAACCAUCUAGUUCGACAGAUCCCGUCAUCACCACCACUACUUUUACUGCUUCUCCGUCAACACCAUCAAUGUUUACAUGGUUUUUUACAACUUUUCACAACGUUUUUUCAAGCCAACCAACUGUCAUUGAAACCGACACUUAUGGUAUGACAAAUAGCGUUACACUGUCCACUGAUACGAAUACUUUGUCACAAAACACAGGAGAUUCGCAGACAUCUUCUUCGAUACCCACAGUUGCCCAGCAAGAUCGUGUCACAACCCAAGUCUCAACCGAAGCGACAGCAAGCUCUCAAUCACAAUCAAUGGAUCAAUUUACUACCGCCACGACAGUAACAUUGACUGCGACACCACUCUUCAACUCAUCAACAGUAGGAGAAUCAAACACUGAGCCGCAGUCUUCAAGUACACCUGCCGUGGUUGCAACGCCAAGCUCGGAAACAAUAUUCUCAUCGACUCCUACAUCCUCCAUUGAUUCAACUUCGCAGACAUCUUCGCCGGUGUCCACAGCCGCGGAGCAAGACCGUGACACAACCCAAGUCUCAACUGGAGCAACAGCAAGCUCUCAAUCACAAUCGAUUGGUCAAUCCACUACCGCCACGGCAGUAACAUUAACUCCAACACCUCUCAUCAAUCCAUCUUCGACGUCAUCAACAGCAGGAGAAUCAAGCUCUCUAUCGCACUCUUCAAGCAGACCUACUGUGGCUGCAACACCAUUCCCAGAAACAACAUUACCAUCGAUUUCUACACCCUCUAUCGAUCCAACUUCGCAGACAUCUUCCCCUACAACGUCUUCGCCGGUGUCCACAGCCGCGGAGCAAGACCGUGACACAACCCAAGUCUCAACCGAAGCAACAGCAAGCUCUCAAUCGCAAACUACAAGACUACCUUCAACGGCAAACACCACUGGAACAGCAUCAAGUGCUCAAUCACGGUCUUCGAGCAAGUUCACCCCAACGUCAACAAAAUCAUCAUCCCAACAAACACCAUCGCUCACGUCUACUAUUCCAUUUCAGGAAAAUUGCUGUGCACAGACGGAUUGUACUAACGGCACAGAUUGUUGUGUUCCACGUGUGGAACGUCGAUGUCUUCGUACCACUUCCAAUCGUGAUUCACCUCAGAUGUGCAAAACCAUUGUUAUUGGACCAAAUAGCAACAACUCAGUUGUUGUUGCCAUUACAAUUAAUGACAAAAGAGUCAUCGUUAUUAACAAAACUGCUCUUCUGAUAUUUUUCUUAUCCAUAAUAAUAACAUUCGUGUUAUUGUUAGUAAUAACAUUCUGUCUCGUUAUCGCUUUUUACCGUCAGAGGCUUGUAGUGCCUAUUAAGCUUUGGUGGCUUUCAAUAGUUAAUGUUAUCAACGAUUUUCGAAGAAAAUUGUGGGAAAGACAUUGA